AAUUUGCACGCCUUUUACGCGCUUGCCUGUCGGUGGUGCCAUGGUGAAGACUCUGCAGACGCCUACUAGUACUCGCUAGUGUUGGUCGGUCAGAAUUCGGUUUCUGGGAGAGUCAAUGCAAGAUGCAGGAUCAACGGGAUCAGCCUUGUGGGGUAGAUUUCAGUUCCUGGUUCACCCCGCCAUCCUUGCAGACCCGCCACAUCUUCCAAAGGACAAAGAGAUCCCCUUUCUGGGUUGACUUCUCAAUGGCACCCAAUCUCGGCACCCUACCAGUCGAGACGCUCUCGCUCAUUCUGGGCCACUUCUGCCUGCACUGCAGCAAGGAACACGGCUAUGACUCGUCCAACGGACAUUUCAGCUGCCGCAAGAGCGCUGAACAGCAGCAGCCGGAUCAACCAUCUUGGUAUUCGCGCGACUACCGCCAGACUCUCUACUCGGUGUUGUCGAGCAGCGCCAGUGCCGGAGCGGUGCUCGCAAAACUGAAGACACUCGACCUCUGCCCCAGCUCUGACAGAUGGGUGUUUUUCUUGAAACACCACGCCGAGCGCAUCUUGGAAGCGGUGGCGGCCAGCAGGAGCAAGGGCAGCAGCUUGUCAACCCUCAACCUCCACAUGUGUGGGAGGAUUGACCAGAUCAAAUUACAGGGCUUACACUCAGUAUUAGCGCUCCGACUCACCCACGGCCGGCUUUAUGACGAGGACUUGUCGGUAUUGCUGGAUUCACGCGGGGCAGCCCAGGAUUGAAGACGUUCACUACGAGGCCAGGUCUCCGCGCCGGUGGUGGCCCUGUACAAUGGAUUUUGCAGGUUUACUGGCAAUGCCCACCCCCCAUCUCUCCAUUGAACUGACCACUCCAUCAAUAACCGCCUUUGUAUAUCUACGCUAAUUCGCAAACACUCCCUGUCCUAUCUUUGUACAUGCAGUCGACUACGACAUGCACUUUCAGCCC